UCUUCUUACACAUAAAACUAACAUGGCGGCAUGUCGUCGGUGCGUAGCUGUCUUGUCGUGUUCUGUUUAAUUUCAUUUUUGUACACAUAAAAAAAAACUUUAAAUUAACUUAAACAAUAAAAAAAACACAAAAAAAGUAAAAAUAGCAACCGAAAGUUAAACAACUUAAUAGGAAUAGAACAAUAUCCAAGACGAGAGAUAACACAAAUUCAAGCUAAAAUAAAAGAAAAAGUUAAUAAAAAAAAAGAAAUUCAAUUUAGACAAAGCAAAUAGUUGGAAGGAAAAAAGAAAAGAAGCAAAGAAAAAUAAGAGAAAAAAUAGCCCAACUGAACUAGAACCCAAAGUCUAACAAGUGAAAUGAAGUAAAAGUGUAUCACACAUCGAGUUAUCUGCAGAAACCCAAACACUUUUUUUUCUGUGUAAAAUAAAAACAAAAUUAUAUAUUUACAUAUACAUAAAAAAAGAGAGACAGAGAGCGUACAAAAAAGGAGAGAAGAAAAAGACGACGACGACGACGACGAAUACGAAUACGCAAAAAAACAACAAACGAAUGUUUCUCAAAACUCAAACGUGUUAACCACAUACAAUUGCAGCUACAGUAGCAGCACCAGCAGCAGCACUUAGUUCUUGGACAUUUUUGUUGUUGUUGUUUUUGCAUAGAACAGCGAGACAAAAAAAAAGUUCUGUAUGCAACGCAAAUUGUUUCCGUGAUAUCAUUUCGAUACGGCCACGAAUCUGAUUCCGAUUUCUGCUAACUUAAUCCACAUUAACUCGCAAAAUUGAGCAAACGACACGGGAGCUACUUAUACGGUCUUAUUCGAUCCAAACACACACACACACCGUGUGUGUGUGUACGCGCAUACAUCCUGUAAUGCAUGCAUCGAUUUCGACAUAUUUUCUAUUUUUCUUCUUGUCUCUCGCCAGCCACUGAACGUGUGUGUAUGUUUGUCGGUGUGUGCUGAUCUAAGAAAUCCACCAGAACCAAUUUACCCGAACCAACUUUGGGCAUUUAAACAUUUAAAGAGAACAAAUAGACACAAUAUUAGAGUAGAACCGAAAAAAAACCACACAUAAGAAAAUUGAGCCGUACAAGAAAUACCAAUCGCAUAUAGUUUGAGUUGAAACGGAGAAAGUGACUGCAGUGUGACACAGCAGCCGACUUUGGAUUCCGAUUGAAACAUUCAUUGUAGAAACAGCCGAUUGAAGGAGUUGCCGUAAAUCUAAACAUAUAUUUACACACACACACACACAUUUCUAGACCAAAAGACUUUUCGACAAAGUUAACUGAAUCUCUCUAUACUCACAUCAAAAGCAGAAUAUAAAAACAACAUGAAGAAUGAAUAAUAAAAAUACAACAAGUAAAAUAAAAUAAAAUGAAAUAAUAAUCAAUAGAAACUAAAAUAUCUGUUGAAGCAGAAGGAGAAAAAAAACAAAACACACAAGAAUUUAUGUACAAAAAUUGAUGUCAACUUUAGACGAACAUACACUACGAAGAGCAUUUUGAUGUUAGUUGAACUUUAGAACAUUAAAACGAAAAGCAACAACAACCAGUUAAUCGUUUGACAUAAAAAAAGAAGAAGAAGAAGUAAACCUAACAAGUGAUCCUGAAAAUACAUGUUAACACUUUUUUCCCGUUUUUGUUAUUAUUAAUUCAAUCAACGAAACAUAAACCAAGAAGAAUAAGAAGCUUGCGGUGUGGUGUGAAGACGCUGUUUAAUUGUGAAAAACGAAAAAAAAGUAUACAAACGAACAAUACAAAGCACUGGUUAGUUCCUUGAUAUUUGAUUUGAAUCGUGAUCAACACGUGUGUUGACACGGUUUUCGAUUUCUUCGGUUCCGUUAUAUUCCGUUGGAUGAACAGUGAAGACGACGACAAGUGCAGAGGAAACAGCAACCAAUUCGGUCAUCAUUUAGUCGGCGUAAUCAACGUAAAAAAUCGCGUGCGGGUCAACUAAUGCCAAGGUGAUUUUGAACUAAAUAUUAAACACACUAUUAGCUGCAUUAGAAUAAAAAAAUUUAUCGAAAUAUUUAAAACAAAGAAGAGAAAUCAAGAGAAAAAAAAGAACAAUAACACACAUCCACACGCAACACCGAACAUUUAGAAAAAAAAUUUAAACAAAGCAAAGCAAAAAACAAUUUGAGUGAACGUGUACAUUAGUUUAGUCAUAGGACAAUAAUUCUAUGAACAACCCAUCUUUGGAGUUUGAAAGAACACAAACAACAACAACAACAAAACGAAUAGUGGUAAAUUUAACUAAAUCAAGCGAUUAACAAAAACUUAAUUAAAUAUACACACGAAAAUUAAGAAAAAUAAUAACAAAAACAACACCAACAAAAAACACAACAAAAUAUCGAAACCAAAAUAUCAAAUAGCAUACGCACCCCCAGAAAAAUAUUAAGCCGAAGCAGAUCAAUCGAACAGCGAACACAAGUUGAACGGUUCAACGACAAUUCAGGCUGGUCAGAGAGAGAGAGAGAGAGAGAGAGAGAGAGAGAGAGAGAGAAAGAGCCCGUGGGGCUAAGUCUUAUGUCAGGCAUCAUUUAGUGGAUCAACACAACACAUUUAUUAGUACAAGCGAAAAAAACGCCAAAAAUAUAAAUUAUUCACACACACAUAAACACAUUAUCCGAAAUCAAUCGCAGAAAUAAUUAGUCGCCGAUUUCGACUUUUGAAUGAGGCGCCAUCAAAUGGAAUAGAAACACACCGAAGGGGAACACACAGUCAGCGAAUAGCAUUCGAUAUCACAUUGGAUUCGCCAAAAUCAUAACUGCAACCAAAUAAUCAAAAAAGAAAAAAACCAACCAACCAAUCUCAGUAAAUGAAACGAACAUAGCUUGGCUGAAUAAAGUUCUAAUCAAGAGAGAAGAAGUGAACAACCAAACAAGGAAACAAACAACAAAAUAUAUAUACAAAGAAGACACAUCCUCUUUCAUCAACCCCAUUUGUAUUAUUCCUGCGAAUAGAAAAGAACAUCAACAUUACAAUCACUGACAACUGAUGAACCGAAACAAAUCCAAAGGAAAUCAACAAAAAGGCAUUUAAAUCGAAACAUUUAUUGUGUUCUAUUUUUCAACACGUAAAACCAUUCAACAUAAUAAAAUAAAGUGCAUCAAGUGUAUUCACACAACAACAGCAACUAAAAAAUUAAAUAAACAAGUAGUAAUUCCAAUACACACUCACACCACGUGAAACCCGGGGCGGAAAUAAGAAAUCGAAUUAACAGUCAAGUGCAAAUAACCUGUCUUGCAGAAAAAUCAUUCAAGAAAACGAAUCACAGUAUAACGAAUUAGUUAAAAACAAAUUAAUAAAAAAAUUAAUUCUUUUUGUUUGUUAAAUAUUCUUGAUAUCAGUUUUUUGGGAGAAGAGAAUAGAGAAAAAAGAACACCAAGCGAAACGGGACAAAAAACAUACAACUGAAUGAAGCAUACGUUUGAGUGACGUUGAACAUUUAUAAUUGUGUUGCUGUAAGCGGUUCACUUUUUUUUCUUCUAAAAUUGAAACAGACAUUUUUGCAAUCAGCCAAAAAAACAUCCUUUUUUAUUUAAAAAAAAAACAAUUCAGCUAUAACGAAACACCCAACUACUUCGUAUGAAGUGAAGAAAUAUUGUUUAUUUUUCGGUUCUGAAAUUAAUCUCAAAUUAAGUACAAAUUGAUAAGCCGAUGCGCUUUAGAGCAAGAUAAAAGAGAACAAGUAGCGAGAAACAUAAGAAAAAAACACACAAAGUAAUACAACUGCAAUACUUUCAUACUUCAAGUGCUUUUCUAAUAAAUUAAAAAAAGAAACAACCAGGAAACUAAACGGUAAUUAAUCCAAGAAGGACAAAAGACAUUUUUUGUGUGGUUAAGAAGACUAGAAACGGAUUGCGAUAUUUUUAAAAAAAAGCGUAAAGUUAUUUGAAUUAAAGCAGUAACAAAACAAAGAACUUUAACUACAGAAAAACAAACAAACAGUGAUUGAAAGAGUGUGUGAACAAAGUUUGGAGGAUUGCACGCGCAACAGGACUCUUGGCCAACAACCAAGGCAAAGCCCAAGAGAAGAAAAUAUCACGAGCGCUGCAAGAAAAACCUCCCGAAUAAAAGUUCAUAUUUAUUUCAAAAGCGACAAUUUGAAGGUUUAACAUCGCUCUUCAAAUAAAAACAAAAACAAAAACAAAAACAAAAAAAAACAUUUAUAAGAAUUAACAGCUUAAACUAAAAAAAAAAUAAAAAAAUACAAAAAAAACAACAAAAAAUAAUAAUAAAUAAUAAUAAAGGAGACAACAAUACUGUGAUACAAGAAUAAAAAAUAUAUUAUAUUAUGAUUAUUAUAUAUAUAUAUACAUAUUCAAUAAAGUAUUCAAAUUAUUAGCGAAACGGAGGGAGACGCGGAUAAUAGAAAAAGACAUACACACACAACAGAUCACAACAACAACUAAACCUAAAUUAUUCUAAGAUUAAAAUCGAUUAACUAAGUUUUUAAUGAAUAUUUAAAAGCCAGUGUAUAAAACAACAACAACAACAACAUCAAAAAUCAUUGCAUUGCAUAGCAAAAAAUCAUCAGAAUAAGGAGAAGAAGAAAUAAUAAAAUUUAAAAACAAAAUAAAUGAAUAGUCGUUGUGCUGCUGAUUAAAAACAACAACAACAACAAACAACAGUAAGGGAACUAAACGCGCACAAAGUAAAUUUGUGGCUAAGCCGCGGAGAUACCAACCAUCCAUUCUCCCCGCACGGGAAGAACAACAUUUGUUCUCAUCUUUCCCGCAAAACCUCCCAACACAACUACCAUCAUCAUCAUUAUCAUCACCGCCACCACCACCACCACCACCAACACCACAACAUAUAUUUCAAAACCACUACCAACAACCAGUUACUCCGAUUCUCUUUUUUUUUGGAAGAAACAACAAGUGCACGUAAAUUCAUACAAUAAUCUGUCUAAUGAAGUGAAUUUAAUCUAUUUAAAACGGAAAAGGGAAACAAAGAAGCAAGCAAACAAAAGAAAUUUAUAACGAAAUAUUUGCCUAAAAAAAUCGUCAAAAGCGACAUUGCAAUAAUUUUUAAAAAAAUAAAUAAAAGUAGAGGUAGCAAAAAAAAACAAGUGACGUGAAAAAUAUACCAUUGAUUUUCUGUGAAAGAAAUAAAAAAAAAAUUGAAUUAUUUAUACAACUUAAAGCUAAAACAAAUUAAAAAAAGAUAAACAAUAUAUACAUAUAAAAAAUUUACCAUAAGUUUGAAUGUGCGAAAGAAGGAGUUACUUUUAAAUUAAAGUGAAUAGAAUAGAAAGUAAUCUGAAACGAAAAGACUAAAAGCAAAACAAAACAAAACAUUAACAACAAAAACAACAACAAAAUAAUAAUUUUAGACACGAUUUUUGAUUUUAAAAGACUUUUUUUUAGUUAAUUAGUUGAAAGUAAAGAAAACAAAUACGAAAGUAAAGAAAAAUCGAUCACUGAGCAUACACACAAUUUUUCGUUGCAAACGUAAUUGUGAGAAGAGACCUGUUGUCGAGAUUUGUGUUUCUCAAUCAUUUGAACAUCACGGAAGUAAUUUUCCGCUGAACAUAUUCCUGAUCACCAAUCCGCACACACACCCCAACUGCGCCACACGACAGACCAUUUCGACGCGCACUAUGUCCAACAAUUUUAUGGGUGUUGGCGGAAAUUCAGCCCUAUCGAAGAGUUCAACUGAUGGCAUACUGAAUCUGUUGCAAUUGAGUUUGCUGGGCAACAAUGCCGGGGUGAAUGUGAACGCAUCGGCUGUUCCAACGUCAACCAUCACCUCGCUUAACAGCGGCAUUGUACCAAACAGCAACAACAUCAUGACAGCCAAGGCAAAUUUCUAUCCGCAAAAUGUGGUACCCAAUCUGAGCGGACUCGGCGGUGUUGGCAACAUGCAACAAUCAAUUAUAUCACAAUCGCAGCAAAUCAAUUCAGCUCAGCCCAUAGUUAAAACUGGUCGACCAAUUGUGAAUACCGCCAAUUUGGCUGCGAACAAUGCACAACAACACCAGCAAAAACGCAUUGAACGUGCUCAUACUAUUGCAAAUGUUCGCGAAAUGAAUGGAAUGUCUGAUCAAUCAAUUGGGAAUACAUUCCAUAUGCCAUCGUAUAUCCGUGGCACAUCGUACAACGGAGCUAUAUCCAAAGAGGAGGACAGCGAAACAACAACAAUGCAAUCCGAUUCGAUGAUAAAUGAAUUCAAGAAUGCGCUGCGUAUCAUUUCGUCCGAUGUGAACAAUUGCGCCAAGCAGCAGCAACAUCGCAACAACACUGGUGAUAACGGUUCGUUCUCCGAAUUUGGUGAAUUCGUUGCACGCGACAACUAUUUCAAUGCGUCGUCAAACAAUACGAUGAACAAUUCGGCAAAUAAUUUUCCCAUUGGCACGUUUUCAAUUGAACAAGCAACGCAACCAGCUGCCAAUCAAACGUUUCCACAAACCGAUUACUUCAAUCCGGCUACAGCUUCGCAGCUGAUGAGCAAUGGCAUCAAUGGGACAACCGCAACACAUUCGUUCCCAAGUACUAAUGCGCAUAAUAAUAACAACUCCAACAGCACUACAACCAACAACAACAACGGGUCAGGCGAUGGAAAUCAAGCAACUCGUGAAACAGGCAUCAUUGAAAAGCUAUUGCAGCACUCGUAUGGAUUCAUUCAAUGCUGUGAACGCCAAGCGCGUUUGUUUUUUCACUUUUCUCAGUUCAGUGGCAACAUUGAACAUUUGAAAAUUGGCGAUCCAGUUGAAUUCGAAAUGACCUAUGAUCGUCGUACGGGUAAACCGAUUGCUAGUCAAGUGACAAAAAUUGCACCGGAAGUGGUUUUAUCGGAGGAACGUGUCACCGGUACGGUUACAACGGAAAUUAAACAGGAUGGCAGCGCAAGUGAAACGACCACAGGUCGUAUUAGCUACGAGAAUCGCGGUGAAUGCUUCUUUUUGCCCUAUACCAAGGACGAUGUGGAGGGCAAUGUUGUGUUGAGCUCGGGAGAUAAAGUCAGUUUUCAAAUUGCAACGAAUCAACGGGGUAAUUUGGGCGCAUGUCACAUUCGUCUGGAGAACCCAGUGCAUCCGGUCAAGUAUCGCGGUGUUGUCUGUUCAAUGAAAGAAUCAUUUGGAUUUAUUGAACGAGCCGAUGUGGUGAAAGAGAUCUUUUUCCAUUUCUCGGAAGCUGAGGGUACCGUUGAACUGCGCCCAGGCGAUGACGUUGAAUUCAUCAUUCAAACAAGAAACGGCAAAGAAGUGGCAUGUAACAUCAGUCGUUUGCCGCCAGGCUCAGUCGUCUUUGAAGACAUCGGAACACUACAGUACAAGGGGCAGGUGUUGAAACCACUGGAACGCGCAAAUCCGGUACGUCAUAAUAACGACCCGUUGCCAGGACGCAUUCGCUACCGUGCAACUGAUCACUCCGAAGUCGAAGUUCCAUUCGGUGACAAAGAUCAGAAGGGCGAUUUCACACUUCGCCAUGGUGAUUGGGUUCAAUUCCUAUUGGCUACCGAUCGUCGUGAUCAAUUGCAACGAGCUACUUCAAUUUCCUUGCUAGAGGAAACGUUCGAAUUGUCGGGUGAACGACGUGAACAGGGCAUGGUUGCAUCGCUCAAAGAUGGUUUCGGAUUCUUGCGAUGUGUCGAUCGAAAUGUUCGCCUAUUCUUUCACUUUACAGAAGUUUUAGAUACGACACGAGAAAUUCGCGUUGGGGAUGAGGUUGAAUUUACAGCGAUUCAAGAACCUGGUUCGAGUUUCGCUAACAAUAGGUUAAGUGCCAUUAGAAUAAAACACUUGCCUCCAGGAAAAGUUCAAUUCGAGACUCUGAUGGAAACAAAUAUUGAAGGUACGGUGACACGUGAAGCACCGAGAAGCCCAGUGAAGUCUCAAGAACGAAUGGAAGGCGGUGUAAUAACGUAUACACAAGCCAAUACUAAGAAGACUAUAAUGUAUUUCCUAAAAGACUGCGAAAAACCACCAAGAGUUGGCGAUAAUGUUCGAUUUGAUAUUUGCCAAGUUAAACGAAACAAAGAGUUAAUAGCUGUGAAUAUAGUCGAUGUUCUGUGUAUUCAACAUCAAAUGCAGCAUUCACCAUCGGAUACGGGCAAUGGCGUUCCGACUGCAAAUGCCGGUAAUAAUGCAGAUAGUGCACGCGUAACCGUUGCAUUGACUCGCAAUUUGAAUGGCAAAGCAACGACUGUGACGGACACAUUCAACGAUGCAAACGGUGGUGCAACUAAUUCGACCAAAUAUCAAGGCUUUGUGGCCGUAUUGAAAGAGAAUUUCGGUUUCAUCGAAACCAUUCAGCAUGAUGAGGAGGUGUUCUUUCAUUUCAGCAAUUUCAUUGGCAAUCCGAGCAAUUUGGAACUGGGCCAAGAAGUUGAAUACACAUUGUCAAAGCGUAACGGCAGCAAUUCUGGCAAUUGUUUACCCGCUGAAAAUGUUAAAAUCCUAACACGUGGCUCCAUUCCACAGCCAAAAGUGCUGGACUCGGCAUACAAUGGCAUUGUAACGCGUCCAUUGCGUUGCAUCAAUCCGGAUCAAGAGGAGUACUCUGGUUUGAUUCAAUUGAUCAAUGAUGCCGGCGAAUCGGUGUCAUCGCAUGAAUUCGGUAUCACCAGUUUGAUCAACAAGCGAGAUUUGUUGCAAAAAGAUGAUCCCGUGGUGUUCAAAGUGGACGAAGCAAGCCGAGCGGUGGAUGUGACAGCUGUACGAAAAAAGAAACGGGCGAUCGUCGAUUCGAUAAAAGGCCAAUUUGGAUUUUUGAAUUUUGAAGUUGACGAAGGCAAAAAGCUCUUCUUUCAUAUGUCCGAAGUACAUGGCAAUCAUAACAAUUUGUAUCCCGGCGAUUCGGUUGAAUUUUCCGUUGUUACCAAUCAGCGAAAUGGCAAAUCAUCCGCUUGCAAUGUCGUGAAAAUAUCCGAAAAUGUAGCACCGCGUCCGGAUCGUCUGCUCUCUCGUCUCAAAUUGAAUAAUUCAAUUGAUGAAAGCGUGCCUCGCCUCAUUGUGAUUCGAUCACCAAAAGGACCCGAAGGAAAAGGUUUCUCAAGUGCUUACAGACAACCACGAUUAGUCGGUGUUUUUGCGGAGUAAAUUUAAGUAAAAAAACAAACAAAACAAAAAUGAAAAAGAACAGAAGAGAAGAGGAGAGAUGUUUAAAUAGUACACACAACAGAAUAUAUUACAAAUAAAACUAAUAUAGUUAUUUUCUCGAUUGUUUUGUUUCUUUUUAUUUUUGGUUUCACUGAGAAUGAACAAUCAAACAUUAUAGAGAUGAAAUAUGAAAAUGAAACAGUCGAUCGAAAUGUCUAAAACAAACACACAAACCAAAUACACAAUCUCCAUACGCCAUUAAAAUUAUAUACAAUAAAAACUAAUUGACAGCGUUCAAUAAUGAAAUUAUUGCAUAAAUUCGAACAAAAAAAUUCCAAGGUAAAAAAGUUGAAAUGAAAAAAAAACUGAAAUUCAAUGUAAAAUCACAAUAAAUGGAUGUACAACAAA